AGAAGUGACAGUUAAGGAUUAAGAUGUGGUUUUGUUUUUGUGCAAAAGCACAGGUGGAUUGCCACUCUAACAGCUGUGUACGGGCUAAAAAACAAGAUCAAAACAUCUCUGCCCUCCUUUCAACCCUGCCAGCUGUCUUUCUGGUAAACAUCUUCAAUGUAUUGCCAUUUCCAAGACACUGGAGAGUGUAACAGCUAGCUAGCUCCAGUCCUGCGUUUUGGGAUGGAUCUGUUGGAGCUCCCCACGCCAAUGAAUGAUCAUGCUGCUUCUCCCCCUUCGGAGCCCAAAGCCAAGAGCUGCGAUCUGUCCCCCGCUAUGAGAGCCAAGAUCGAACGGAACAGACAGCGGGCUGUGAUGCUGAGGCAAGCCCGCCUGGCCAACAGACCAUCGGCAGGAGAAGGGGGUGGAACCUCGGCUAAAGUCGCCAAGACAGUCGACUCUGGUGGAGGGUUCUUCAUUGAAGAAGAAGAUGAGAAGCAAAGGAAAGUGGUGCUUCAACCAGCCCCUGUGAUAAAGGCAGACUACCUGGUGUGUGAUGACUGUAACAAGUCGUUUAUGGAUUCCUACCUCAGCAACGGCUUCGAUCUGGCAGUCUGUGACAACUGCAGAGACUACGAGGUUAAACACAAGCUGGUAUCCCGUACGGAGGCUAAGCAGCUCUACCUACUGAAGGACUGUGACCUGGACCAGAGGGAGCCAGUGCUGAGGUUUGUCCUGAGGAAGAACCCACACAAUCCUCAUUGGGGAGACAUCAAACUCUACCUCAGGCUGCAGGUGGAGAAGCGCUCCUUAGAGGUGUGGGGCUCUGAGGAGGCCCUGGAGGAGGCCAAGGAAGCAAGAGAGGAGAACAGGGAGGUGCAGAAGCAGAAGCGCUUCAACAAAAAAGUCAAAGAGCUGCGUUGUGCGGUGAGGAGAAGCAUGUGGACCAAGGGAACCAGUGCUCACCAGCACGAGUACAACCCUGAGGAACUAGUGGAUGAAGAGGAGGAUCUCUACAGGAAGGUCUGUAACGCCUGUGGACACGAACUGACCUAUGAGAAGAUGUAGCCGUGUGUCCUUUGAACCUUAUCCCCGGGGGCCCACAGGGGAGUUAUUUUUAUGUGGACCACUGUACUUGAUACAGGCCUUGAAGCAAGGAGGCCUACCUGAAAUCAUGUCUCAGCACAUGCCAUAUAUACAACGCAGACAUACAUCAAUAUUUCUCUCUUACAAUAUGUUGUGUUCCAGAAGCUGGUGAUUGCUGUUAUACUGUAAAAUAUGAACUGUUAAGUAUAUUAACUUCCCUUUUCUAUAGACCAUUUGUAAAAUCAUGUAAUGCCAAAGGAUUUGCAUGUCUGAAAUUACUUUUGAAAUUGUAUGAAAAAUGCAUAUUUUUCCAUAAUGUGAUCACUGUUUUGCAAUAACUUGGACAUUUAGUUUGAUUACUGUGGAUGGAUAAAGACAGGAUUCAUUCUGGACCACAGAAGAUCCGCGUUGUAGCGGUAAAAUUAACCUGCCUCAUUAUUCUGAGGUUGGUGGUUCAAACCCCAUUUAAUAUUUUUCACAAUUCUAAAUAUUUAAAGAGAACAUUUAAAUGUCAGAUACAUUUGAGGGUCAGAUAAGAUCUGUGUUCUGUAAAUCUGGGCCCAUUUUUUCAAAAGUGAUCUGAUCGGAUUUCAGCAAUCGGAUCGGAUUAAAUGCGUAGAAAUAGAAUGACCCGAUUGCUGAAAUCCGAUCACACAACUUUUGAAAAACUGUGCCCAGAUGAGUCAAAGCUCAACUGCUUAGCCUUCCCUGAGUAAAGAAACAAUGUGAUGUUGGGAAAAUGUGCAGGUGGCUCAGUGCUUAACUCAACUGUCUUAGUACCUGGAGGUUGUGGGUUCUAAUAUAAUGUACAGUUAGUGCUUUUGACUGUACUUUACGAUGUCAAAUACACCAACCUGGUCUCAGAGCAUUUCGUAUUAUUCUGUACGUAAACCUGAGCCACUCCAUUUACCAUAUGUUGUAUGGUAUGCAUUCAUUUGUUGAUGUCCAUCUAUUUCGUAUAUGUUAAACCCCGUGGUUCCAGAACAGUAACCAGCAGUGGUUAUGGAGGGAAACGUUUGGGGAAAAAGUAGCCCCUAAGAUUUUAAAAGCACUUUAAAAGAAUACUUUUUAGAGAGAGGUUUCCCUCUAUAAAACGCUGCUUUUUACACGAGGGGGAACCUCAGGACUUAACCCCCAUUAGUGAUCACGGUCCACCAGCCAGCCAUCAGCGAGCGUCAAUGCAACCACACUCACAGGCUCUGCCUGGGGUAGAACCUACAACCCUCUGCUUAUACUCAGAAAGCCUCCUGAGUGGUCUAAGGCACUGCAUCGCAGUGCUAGCUGUGCCACUAGAGAUCCUGGUUUGGGUCCAGGCUCUGUCGCAGCUGACCGCGAGACUCAUGGGGCGGCGCACAAUUGGCCCAGCGUCAUCUG